CAAGCCACAAUCCUCCACAGAGGCUUCAGCUCCGUUCAGUACAAGCUUGAUAUUAAGAGAGGUUGUUAGAAGAUAUCCUCACCUCAUCCUCGGACUUCGGUUCAACUUUCAUCUUUCUGUUUGGUUCGGGGUUCCACAGCAAUGAUCUUCACAGCAGAGCAGGUGGCUUGUGUGUGCGAGGUCCUACUGCAAAGUGGUCGCAUGGACCGUCUUGCUGGCUUCCUGCGCACUCUUCCUGCUCCUUCGCUCUCCUGCUCCUCCUCCUCCCUCUGCCCUGGGGAGCUGGAGAGCGUGCUGAAGGCUAAAGCCGCAGUGGCCUUUCACCAGGGGCGCUUCUCUGACCUCUACACUCUGCUGGAGGGCUUCCCCUUCUCCCCUCGCAGUCACCCACUGCUACAGCAGCUCUGGCUCAGAGCCCACUACAUAGAGGCUGAGCGGCAGAGGGGCCGACCCCUGGGAGCUGUGGGGAAGUAUCGUGUAAGACGAAAAUUUCCUCUACCACACACCAUCUGGGACGGAGAGGAGACCAACUAUUGCUUCAAGGAAAAAUCACGGAGCAUCCUCCGGGAGUGGUACCAUCUUAAACCUUACCCCUCUACCCGGGAGAAGCGGGAGCUCGCUGCAGCCACCGGCCUGACGACCACACAAGUCAGCAACUGGUUCAAGAACCGCAGGCAGAGGGACCGAACCACCGACGGUACCGGUUUCCAGACAGCUAGUUCUAGAUGGCCCUCAGAAGAAGUCCACCGUUCCUCUGAUAAUGACCUUUCACCUCCUGGCAGCCCACAUCCCCAAUACCACUGCCUUCCACCUCCACCUCUCUCUCACCCACCACCUCCUCUGCAUCAUGUGUGUGGAGGCCUCAUCUAAGUCGGCCCUUCAGUAAUUUGUCACCUUUCUUACUGGGUUGUUUCUUUUUGCCAAGAAUAUUUCUAAUCUACAUUGUCUUGCUUCUUCUUGAAUUUGAAGCCUGUUUUUCUAGUGUCUAGUCAAAGAAACAUUUUGCAAAUAAAGUUUUAUUACCAAA